AUGUCGGAAGACGAACAGAAAGCUAGAAAUUGGGAACCAAAGUGUGUGGCUUCAUCAAUACCUUCACCUACCAUCAAUCAACCUCUGGCAUCUGAGCCUUUCAAUGCCAGUGGUAUCACCUCGAAUUUAAAUAAAGAUAUCGGCUCUCACCAUUUCAGGAGUGCUAGAUGGACUCCAGAUGGAACUACUAUUUUAACCGAGUCCAGUGAUUACCAUAUCCGUUCUUACAUCGUGCCUCCGGAUUUGCUUGAAGACCACAGAAUUCACCAUCUCUCUCCGUACUCAACUUUGCCCUCAGCAGAGCCGAUUUACGCUUCUGCUGUCUAUCCAUUCUUUGAUCUACAAAACCCGGCAACCGCUCUCUUCCUUUCAUCUGUCAGGGACCAUCCAAUUCGUCUGGCUUCUGCUCUUGCCCCAACAUCAGUCGCCACUUAUUCACUGGUGAAUCCGACUACGGAAGCUUUUAUCACACCACACAGCAUUGUAUAUCCGUCCACCCUCGGGGGAACUCACUUCCUCACUGGCUCCGACAGUCUCAUUUGUUUGUUUGAUGUCUCCCGUCCGGGCAAAGAUGGCCCGGUGUCAUGGCUUCCAACCAUCCCAAGUAAGCGAAAACAGAUCGUAGGUGGGGGUAUAGGUAUGAAAGGUAUCGUCUCAGCUAUGGCAGUUAGCCCAAAUGGUGAUGGGAUCCUAGCUGCUGGCACCUUUACCAGACAGGUUGGGCUGUAUAGCUCCAAUGGCUCUGGGGAGCUCCUGGGAACGUUCAGCAUUGCUAAGACCGAGGCCAACCGUGAAAUCGGAGGGAAGGGCGUUACUCAGCUUGUUUGGAGUCCGUGUGGAAGAUAUCUUUACAUCGCUGAACGCAAAAGUGAUGGGGCUCUUGUCUACGACAUUCGAAUGACAGGACAGAUGCUUGGCUUUCUACGAGGGCGGAAGGCCAUGACCAACCAGCGGAUGGAAAUUGAUGUCCUUUCUACUGGCACUGAAGGUACUCAUGAGGUUUGGGCAGGCGGUACAGAUGGGUUCAUGCGCAGGUGGACAAACCCUGUGUAUUCUGCCGGUGGCCAAGAUCCUGACUGGGAGUUUAAAGUUCAUGAAGAUGCUGUGACCAGCACGGCUUCUCAUUCCACUGGAAGUGUUGUGGUUACUUGUGGUGGUCAGCGACGUCGACAUCACUCAAGAAGCACACUGGAGAGUACACCGGAGACUACACCAGAAAGCAGCCUCAAAAUCUGGUCUUUUCCUUGCUCCUAA